CGCAAGUGUAAGUGAACCCCUUCCUAUACCCUAUACCACUCCCUCCGACCCUCGCUACCCUCGCUACCCCCCCCUACCCGACGGCACCACUAGUGUCUGGUACGGGCAUCAUUGGGUCGACCUACUUCCUACUUCCUCCCUCCUACCACUGCACAAACUUUCCCUCGUCGACAUCCCUUCCUUACUCACCGUCGCAUGAUGGGCAAUCUGGGUCGACGUGGGUUCAGCCCCGCGUCCAUCCCUUUCGCAAAACCUUCACUGGCUCUUCCCUGCGCGAGUGUUUUGGAUGACACUGCACAUCUGAUGUUGGGGCGCUUUGGCAGACGUUGCACAUAAUUCUUCUAUUGCUAUCACUCGACAACUGCAAACGGCAGGCAAUGGCUGAACACAGACCCAACAUCCAUCAUCUCUAAAACCAACCCGCUCCCCAGUCCCCAAAAGUUUUUUUUUGUUUUUCGGAGUCCGCAAAAUUAACAAUCAUAAUGGCAGAUUCGGCCGCCGUUUCUUAUUACUCAACGCGUGGUACUCUUACUUACACCCCAACCCCUCCCCGCGCUCAAAAGGCCCAACUUGUUGGCCUGCCUUCGCCUCCUUGUCGCCCAAGACAACGCAGACCUCACUCCAUACAUAUAACCCGACUGCCGGCUGGUUACGUACCCCUCGAUCUGCGCCCACUGCCGCCCCCACCCAAACCCAAGAAACCUUCACGUAUAAGAGUAGAAUUAGGAAAGCUGGCUUCUUGCGAGAACGCAAAACGGGUGUUGGGAGCCGUUUUCUCUCCAUUCUCUACCACCUUUUCUUCGGCCUCCUCAUCGGCCUCCUCAACCUCCGCUGCAAGCUCGACAAGAUCCAAUAGUCCGGAGGUCGGCGGAUCAGUGAGGCCAUCAUUAUCAUCCGCCGAGGCAGAUCCCACGUCACUGUACGCUCGGAGGGUAACUUCAGCGGAGACCAGGGCGGAAACGCCAGUUGGAGAGACCAACGCAAUGCCGGCUCGACCUAGUUUAGAUAGCCGUGGCGCUAGAUGGAACAAUUCUAAUGCGGCACCAAUAAUGCCAGUAAAGAGUGCUGCGCUUGAGAAGCCUAUAUGCUCGGGGAAUGGUGUUGCAUGUUAUAUUCAGUUGGCUGAGCCUGUAAUAUUUCUUUCGGGGCUUGAUCAUGAUGGAACCACCAGAGAUUCUCCAUCCACUUCAACUGCCAUUCUUCGAGGAAAACUGCUCUUGAACGUUACCAAGAGUGCAAAGAUAAAGGCUGUCACUCUCAAAUUUACGGGCAAGGCUCGGACAGAAUGGCCAGAAGGUACGUUUUUCUCAUUGUUGAAGUUUCACAGGAAAGGAAGCUUAUAAUACUAUAGGAAUCCCUCCAGAAAAGACACAAAAUUUCGAAGAAAGCUCGCUCAGAUGCCAAGUGUUGCCAUUUUUUAACGCUCUCUACGAAGGAUCAGAAAACGGUUAUGGAACACACUGCAAUUACGCAUUCCGAGACAAGUCAGCAAACUCCUCAGUCACAAACUUGACCACUUUGUCAAAUACGCCCGACAUGCCAAACUCUCCACAUACAAGUGUCUUCUCCCUACCAGCACUUACAAGUAGAUCAAACAGGUCAAGUACUUUAACAUCGGCCAAGGAGUUGAAGAGACUGUCUUUGCAGAAUAACCAGUCGCGGAGUUUUCAGAAAGGUGAUUCACUGUUUGGACCCACACCACAACAGAAGGGCUACAAACUUUUCCAUCCUGGGGUAUACGAGUACAGCUUCGAGCUUCCAAUCGACAACAACAGCCCGGAAACGAUCAAGUUACCCUUGGCCUCGGUCGUCUGGAUGUUAGAGGCAGUUGUAGAACGAGCUGGCACCUUCAAAUCCGAUCUACAAGGAUUCAAGGAGAUUCCUGUGGUUCGUACUCCAUCUGAAGAUUCUCUGGAGCUAGUCGAACCAAUCUCUAUCAGCCGAAAAUGGGAGGAUCAACUGCAAUACGAAAUAAUGAUCUCGGGAAAGUCAUUUCCACUCGGGUCCAAGAUGCCCAUUGCAUUCAAACUUACGCCCCUGGCGAAGGUACAAGUUCACAAAAUUAAGAUUUACCUUACUGAAAAUAUCGAGUAUUUCACGAAUAACAGGAGGGUAACGAGGAAGGAUGCAUCCAGAAAACUGCUGCUACUCGAGAAAGUGGCAGGAAAGCCCGUGGACAGCAAACAAUUCGUCGGCUCAGAGGUCAACGUUCUGGCUGGCGGAGAGUUGAGUGCUGAGGAUCGAGCAAACGCACGGCAAAACGCCGAACGAAGGAGACAAUAUGAAGCCCAUCAGGUUGGCAUGGAGCCCGAACCCCUCCCAGAACCUUCGGAAAACCUACUUGGUGAUCUGAACCUUGGCCUGGAGCAAUUCUGGGGUCAGACGGAAAUGGAGAUGAAUGUGCAACUGCCUACUUGUGAGAUGAUGGAAAAAGAUAGGUCGAAGCGGCUUGUUCCGGAUUGCACAUGGAAAUGUGUAAGCGUCCACCACUGGAUUAAGGUAUGUGGCAAUCUUCUUGGUGGGGGAUGGAACAAGUACUAAUCGCUCCUCAGAUAAUUAUGCGUAUAUCACGUGUGGAUGCGGACGAUCCAACCGGCAAAAAGCGACGACACUUUGAGAUUUCUAUUGAUUCUCCAUUUACAAUUCUUAGUUGUCGAGCUACGCAAGCGAACUUGGCUCUCCCUGAAUAUUCUGGUCCACAUUCCGGUGUUCCAGAGCCUCUUCGGAUGUGUGGAUGUCCAAACGCAGCUCAAAGUGCCCAAACUCCUACGUCUUCAAGCGGCAGCAUUCCAACGUUAGCCAACUUGAACGGUGCCGAGCAACCAGAAUAUCCUGAACUUGCAAGACCACCACAGGCGCACCUUCCUACAGGUCUUAACGUACAACGACCGAUUCACAUGCUCCGAAACCCAAGUUAUAAUCCGCCAGCAUUCGAUGCUGAGGAGCCUCCACCGCCAAUUGCAACUCCUCCACCUCUUUACGACCAUGUCAUCGGGACACCCAGUCACGAUGGUCUGGCCGAUUAUUUUUCAAGACUAAGUCAGUAUGAUGAUGACCAGACAGAUGACGAGGACUCGAACCGAGCAUCUAGUCGGGGACGUGUGAAUGUAGCCAAUCCGAGAACGCCAGGUGGAAGAGUAGCAAGGUCAAUGGAGAUUGAUCGCGCGUUCAUCUUCAACCCGGGGACUUUGCCGCCCUUGACAACACCUGUGACGAUUGGGGCAACAAAUUGAUAGAAAGGGGGGAAUACAUAUUUUUGCAUCACUGGGUCGAUUUGGACCGAGAUGGACCCGCGAUUUGCGGAGUGACGUACAGUACAUAUUCAAGAUUGCAUGAUUCAACGCCUUGAGGUCUUUGGAGUUUCAGAUGGGGUUCAUGGAGAUAAUGAAAGAAGCCCAACGAACAGAAUAAGAGUUUGGGGGUGGAGGAGAUGUUUAUAAUUCCAGAGUGGGAAGGAGUUUGUUGUUUGGACAAUGGGGGUGGCGUCAGCAAUAUGCUUGGGAAUAUACAUAUGGGUUGGCUUCUUUGGGUACGUCGCCAUGGAUGAUGGGAUAGCGCUACGCCUUGUUUAUGCUUUUUCGGGAAAAGAAGGUUAUUCAUUACUGCCUAUCUUGGACAUUUCAAGUGGCCUUUGUUGCAUUGGUUAUGGGUUCGGUUACAGUUAUUGGUUGUAUAUACUAUUGGAGUCUGUUGGGUUGGGAUGGUGGGAUUGGAUGGCGGCAUGGGAUGCCUAGGUUGAGAUUAGACCUGAACAGAUGAAGUAAAAGAGAUAUCAACAG